AUGGAGAGAAGGGCCUCUUCCGAGGAUCUUAUUGCCCGGGCUGGUCAGAAGGAGCUAAAGGGAUCCCUGCAAGCUGUCAACAUCAGAAUCUGCACAAGGUAUCUUGGUGAAGUUGAUGCCACAAUGUCAAUCAUUGAUGUCUCCAUGCUCACUGGUUUUGCACCUGACGUCAAUGACCUUAAAAGGCUUUCUGAAGGAGUCGACAGAUACAUUGCCAAGUUCGAAAUUGACAAAGGCUACUCUGAAAGGGGGAACCUCAUAAUUUACUUGGACAAGGUCUCUCACUUGAAAGACGAAUGUGUGCAAUUUAAAGUUCAUCAGUUCUUUGAAGUUGGUCUCAUUCAGCCAGCUUCAGUGAAGGUUUACAGCUAUUAUAAUCUAGAUGAGCAGUGCACCAAGUUUUACCAUCUGUCCAAAGGAAGUGGCCUCCUCAGUAAGAUAUGCCAUGGAGACGUUUGCCGAUGUGCAGAAGAAAGCUGUUCCUUGCUCAACAAUGUAGAAGAAAAUGUUGACCUGCAGAUACGAGUUGAAUUGGCCUGCAAACCAGGAGUGGAUUAUGUGUACAAAGCCAAGCUGGUUCGAAGUGAAGAGGAAAAUGGUUAUGACAACUACUUCAUGAAAGUUCUGGAAGUUAUUAAAGAAGGGAGUGAUCCAAAUCCACUUGCCAGUCCUCGCAAGUUUAUCAGCCAGAUGAAAUGCAGGGAAAAUCUGAAUCUGCAGCUGAACAACGACUAUCUGAUCUGGGGUGUCAGCACUGACCUGUGGCCUGCCAAGAAUGAUUUCAGCUACCUCAUUACCAAAGAUACCUGGAUUGAGAGGUGGCCAGAUGAGGAAGAAUGCCAAGAUGAAAAUAUGGAGGACUUAUGCAAUGACUUCCUCCGGUUUUCCCAUACAUUGACAUUUUUGGGCUGCCAGGUCUAACUGGAAAGGAGUCAGCUUCACUGUGUUACUUUUAUAAGGCUGUUUUUUUAGCUGUUGCUCAGAAGACACCUUCCCUCCUUAAGUUUUAUCUUUUAUCUUUUUGCUCUCCUUUCCCCCACUCCAAAUGGUUUAUGUAUAAAAUAAAGGCCUUAUUUGUUA